CCCGCGGGGCUUUCGCCAGUGCGUGCAGUCCGCUUCUCCACUCUGUAGUGUAGGCGACUGUGAGCGAGUGACCGGACGGGGAGUCAUGGGCUCACCACUGAGGUUCGACGGGCGCGUGGUGCUUGUCACCGGCGCAGGGGGAGGAUUGGGCCGAGCUUAUGCUCUGGCUUUUGCAGAAAGAGGAGCAUCAGUUAUUGUGAAUGAUUUAGGAGGGGACUUCAAGGGAGUUGGCAAAGGCUUCUUAGCAGCUGAUAAGGUUGUUGAAGAAAUAAGAAAAAAAGGUGGAAAAGCAGUGGCCAAUUAUGAUUCAGUGGAAGCAGGAGAGAAGAUUGUGAAGACAGCACUGGAUGCUUUUGGAAGAAUAGAUGUUGUGGUCAACAAUGCUGGAAUUCUGAGGGACCGUUCCUUCAGUAGGAUAAGUGAUGAAGACUGGGAUCUAAUCCAUAGAGUUCACUUACGGGGCUCAUUUCAAGUGACCCGGGCAGCAUGGGAUCAUAUGAAGAAACAGAACUAUGGAAGGAUAAUUAUGACUUCAUCGUCUGCAGGAAUAUAUGGCAACUUUGGCCAGGCAAAUUAUAGUGCUGCAAAGCUGGGUCUUUUGGGGCUCUCAAACACUCUUGCAAUUGAAGGCAGGAAGUACAGCAUUCACUGUAACACUAUUGCCCCUAAUGCUGGGUCACGGAUGACACAGACUGUUCUACCAGAAGAUGUUGUUCAAACGCUAAAGCCAGAGUAUGUGUCUCCCUUGGUCCUUUGGCUUUGUCAUGAAAGUUGUGAGGAAAAUGGUGGCUUAUUUGAGGUUGGAGCAGGAUGGAUUGGAAAAUUACGCUGGGAGCGGUCUCUGGGAGCUGUUGUCAGACAAAAGAACGAGUCAGGAACUCCUGAAGCAGUGAAGGCUAACUGGAAGAAGAUCUGUGACUUUGCUAAUGCCAGCCACCCACAGAAUAUUGGAGAAUCAACUGGCAGUGUAAUUGAAGUUUUACAUAAAUUAGAUUCAGAAGAAAUUUCAACAAAUCCUACCAGUCAUGCUACAUCUACAGCUUCACCAGGAUUUGCUAGCGCUAUUGGGUAUAAACUUCCUUCAUAUUUUUCUGCUUAUACGGAACUGGACACUAUUAUGUAUGCCCUUGGAGUGGGAGCAUCAGUGAAAGAUACAAAUGAUUUGAAAUUUCUCUACGAAGGAAGUUCUGAUUUCUCCUGUUUGCCUACUUAUGGAGUUAUUGUAGCUCAGAAAUCUAUGAUUGGUGGAGGAUUAGCAGAAAUUCCUGGACUUCCAAUCAACUUUGCAAAGGUUCUUCAUGGGGAACAGUACUUGCAAAUAUAUAAGCCAUUUCCUAGAGCAGGAAAGUUAAAAUGUGAAGCAGUUAUUGCUGAUAUCUUAGAUAAAGGAUCUGGCUUAGUAAUUAUUUUGGAUGUCUAUUCUUAUUCUGGGACGGAACUUAUAUGUUAUAGUCAGUAUUCUCUGUUUGUUGUUGGCUCUGGAGGCUUUGGUGGAAAACGGACAUCAGAAAAACUCAAGCCCAGUCUCAGUGUGCCCUCGAGAACACCAUAUGUAAUUCUUUCUUCAUAGGCUGCUUUGUAUCGCCUCAGUGGAGACUGGAAUCCUUUACACAUUGACCCAAACUUUGCAAACCUUGCAGGUUUUGAGAAGCCCAUAUUACAUGGAUUAUGCACCUUUGGAUUUUCAGCAAGACAUGUUUUACGUCAGUUUGCAGAUAAUGAUGUGUCAAGGUUCAAGGCAAUUAAGGCUCGUUUUGCAAAACCAGUGUAUCCAGGACAAACUCUACAAACUGAGAUGUGGAAGGAAGAUAACAGAAUUCACUUUCAAACCAAGGUUCUAGAAACUGGAGAUAUUGUCAUUUCAAAUGCAUAUGUAGAUCUUGUACCACCAUCUGGUAUUUCAGCUAAGCCACACCCUGAGGGUGAGAAGCUACAAAGUACUCUUGUAUUUGAGGAAAUAAAUCAUCGGCUUAAGGAUAUCGGUCAUGAAAUGGUAAAGAAAGUAAAUGCUGUAUUUGAGUGGCAUAUUACUAAAGACAGAAAGACUGCAGCUAAGUGGACUAUUGAUCUGAAAAAUGGUUCUGGAAAACUGUAUCAAGGUCCUGCCAAAGGCUCUGCUGACCUAACCAUCAUAAUUUCUGAUGAAGAUUUCAUGGAAGUAGUCCUGGGCAAGCUUGACCCUCAGAAAGCAUUCUUCAGUGGCAAACUGAAGGCCAGAGGGAACAUCAUGCUGAGUCAGAAGCUUCAGAUGAUUCUUAAAGACUAUGCCAAGCUCUGAAGGGUUCAUUACACUGCUAAUGAAAAUAGAAUACUCUACCCAAAUAUGCUUGAGUCUGCAAAAUGAUCAAAACUGAAAUAUAGGAGAAAUUGCUUACAUUUUCAAAUAACUUCAGAUUUUCAUUUUCUACUAUUUUUCAUAAUUAUUUUUACAAAAACCUAUAAGCUAAUAUGUAAUUAUCCUUCUGUUCUUAAAUACAUAGCUUCAUAAAAAGUUUUUGUCCAAAUCCAAUUUUCAAUGGGAUUCAUGAUAACACCAAUAAGUUGAAGGAAAAUUAAUGAAUAAAAGCCACUUUGGUACCUUUUA